AUGCGCCAUCAUCUCAUUGAAGGUCUUAAGGAUCAGUACAUGACGAUUGAGAAUCCAUUGGAUCUUUGGAAUGCUUUAAGGCACAGAUAUGAUCACCAAAAGAUGGUGUUGCUUCCAAAGGCAAGGCACGAUUGGAUGCACCUCAGAUUCAUGGACUUCAAGUCCGUGGAUGAGUACAACUCGGCCUUAUUCAAAAUCGUCUCAAUACUAAGACUGUGUGGUGAAGAAGUGUCUGAUGCAAAUAAUGAGCUUCUCAUGAAGAACAGUGGAGCUAGACCGGCCGGGACAGCACCAUUACCCGAAGCCCAUGACAUUGAAAAGAAAGAUCCCAAAGAAACCUACUAUGCCCAAGACAACAGGAAACCAUACGGUCAUAGCCGUGGUGGGUACAGGGGGCGUAGGCGUGACAAUCAUAACGGUCGAGAUAACUACUCAACCGGCCGAAGAGGAAACCACAAUAACCGUGGUCGUGGUUCCAAUUACGGUCGGGGCCGAGGGAGUUAUGGCCGUGGACGAGGUGGCAUAUCCAAACCAUCUCACACGACCAAGUCUUUAUGUCACAGAUGCGGGAUGGACAAUCAUUGGGCCAAGAACUGCAGAACUCCAAAGCACUUGUGCGAACUCUAUCAAGAGAGUAUCAAGAACAAGAACCCGGAGGCAAAUAUGAUCCAAGAAAACGAUCAUGAUAACAAAGGAUAUGGGUACGAUGCUGAUGAUGAAUCGGACAGGGACAACAAAGAUGACCAAAUGGAUUUUGAAACUUCUGAUUGUUUAAAGGACUAG